GUGCCCGUGCCCGUCACCCCCGCUGGCGGUGGGGCGGGACGCGAGGCGCGGAGCGGAGGGGAGGGCUUGCCGCGGAGGCGGUGGCUGUGAGAAGAUGGCGGUAGCAGGCAAAGGAGCGGUGACAGCCGCCGUGAAGCCGAUCUUCAGCCGGGACCUGGGCGAGGCGAAGCGGCGAGUGAGAGAGCUGUACCGAGCCUGGUACCGCGAGGUGCCCAACACGGUACAUCUGUACCAGCUGGACAUCACAGUGAAACAGGGGCGUAACAAGGUGCGGGAGAUGUUCAUGAAGAACGCCCACAUUACGGAUCCACGGGUGAUAGACAUGCUGGUUAUUAAGGGGAAAAUGGAACUUCAAGAAACCAUAAAUGUGUGGAAGCAGAGGACUCACGUCAUGAGGUAUUUCCAUGAGACGGAAACCCCAAGACCUAAUGACUUUCUGUCCAAAUUCUAUGCAGGCCACGACCCCUGAGAGAUUGACUCUGUGUCUGCCUCCUCUGUAUCACAAAUAAAGCUCUAUACAGCAGGAAAAAAGAAAACAGAAAGCAUAUUAGGAGCCUGAUUACUGUGAAUCCAGAGCAUGUGCAAGCCAUUGUGAUCUGUACAAAGAGCUGUGAUUUCCCAGCUUUGCCAAUGUGUGCUUUCAGUGGAUGGAGUUUGUGCCAUCACUCGCCCAGGAGCAUCUGCUGAAUAACCACAGCACAACCUAGCUGUGGGGCUUUCAGCGUAGCCUGAAGCCCUGUGUGCAGGUGUUGGCUCUGAGGAACAAAGACCAGGCCUUCAGAAAAAAAGAGUUUAGUUGUACAGAUAUUCUUGUACUUGAGGCCUAUCUGUAUUCUUGCAGUGUUUUGCAGUUUUAUGCUGAGACUUUGUUGACCUGGUGAUUUUCAUUUGGACACUGUUUACUUCCUUGUGAGGAAUGGCCUAAAAUCUAAUAGGCAAAUAAAGCCCUUUGUACAAUAAAAA